CAAGACAUUGUUUAUUUUAUUGACAAUGGAAAAAUUUCCUUUCUCUAUGAAAUAUUAAAUUUCGUUUCUGAAAUCUCAUUCUUUGUCUUUUUUGACCAAUGCAGAGCUGCAUUGUCAUCUAAUGCAAGUGUACUCAUGUGUUUAAAAUCUUUUGGUAUCUUCAAAGUAUUUUCAAGUUUAUAAAUUCUUUCAUCAAUUUUCAUGGACAUCAUAUAAAUUUAAAAAAAAUGUAUUUCGAUUUAAAAAGAGAAGAUGUGCUUAUGCAGAUUCGUGAAAAAUUGAGAAAUGACAAAAUCAAGUUAUGGUUAGAACCGUAUUAUAAUAAAACAAAGGGUUCAGUCGAAGAGGAAUUAAAGAAAUUAGCUGAGGAUUUCGCUACGUCUUUGAAUAUUGAUUAUAGUACUUGUUUAGAAGUUCUGACUGACCUACAAGAAAGUUCAGUUGAAAAUUUAAAACAAAAUACAAGAUAUAAAGAAAGUGGACUAGCCACAUUGAAAAUUAAAAUUUUGCACCAACAAAGUCCUGCAAAAAUAGUUCGUAAAGAAUUAUUACUAACUAUAAAAGCAAUUGAGCUCAAGACCUUACUUAUGCCAGAUGUAACUGUUUCUGAAAGUGGGUUGAAGUUGAUUUCAUCAGGCAAAGUGUUGCUUGAUAAUGAAUCGUUGAUCAAUCAGGGUGUCAAACAUGGAAACAUGAUUUUAGCCAUCAUUGUGGGAGAUGCCCAAUCUGAAAUAAAAGAAAAUGAAGAUCAAAUCAAAGAAUUAGAAGGGAUUAAGUCGGAUUCAAGAUUACUGGCUUUGGAUGAUCAAUACAUGGAGUUACAAGAUCAGUUUGGGAAUACUAUCAGGAUGCCUCCUUCAGAAAAGGAAGCCUUUGUUAUUGCCAUGACUCUUCAAAAAAAAGGAGAAGCUGCUAUGAAAAGAGGAGACUAUUCCAAAGCAUUGGUUAUGUUUUUAGAGGCUGAUGAAGAAUAUAAACAAUGUAAUUCAAAAUGGUUGGCUGCAGUUGAUAAUUACGGUUUGUUGGAUUUGGACAUAGCCUGGUGUUACCUGUGUCUUCAAAGUGUCUCAAACUUACCUGAUGCUCAAGAAAGACUGAAACGUUGUGAAGAGGUUUUCAAUAGAACAUAUGGUCGUAAUUUUGAAAGAGUUGUUGCAGUUAAGAAGUAUUCAGGAAUUGAAGAAGCUCAGGUUAUGAGGCUACACUUACUGCAAGCAGUCAUUUUUUAUCACCAGAACAAGAGGAAUGAAGCACUACGCAUGUUUCAAGUUACUGAAUCUGAACUCAAAAAUCUUAAAAUUGAUGAAACUAGCGUUCUUCAUCUAUUAGAAUUAGGUUACACCCUAAAUGAAGCGAAAAAAGCAUUAAGAGCUACAAAGGGUGACCUCAGUCAGGCAGUAGCGUUCAUCAAUGAAACAAAAGAGCAAGAACAAAGAGCCAAAGCGAAAGAACUUCUUGAAAAGGAAAGAAAAAAAUUAGGAUUGUGCGCUGAUGGUAAGCAAUAUGUUGAAGCCAACUUUCUUCAAAUAUUGGUAAAUAUGGGUUACAACAGAGAAGCUGCUAGAAUUGCCCUGCAAAAAUGUAACAAUAUCAUAACCAAUAGCAUACAAUAUAUCCAAGAUAAUCCACAACCUGGACCUAGUACAUCUAAUACCCUGGACAAGGAAGAACUUUCAACUUUGGUCAAUAAUCUUCUACCAGAUUUGAUUGCAGCGGGAUUCAGUACAGAAAUGGCUACAUUGGCGCUCUACAAGCAUUGUGGUAACAUUUACAAAGCAGCAGAGGAUCUACUCAACAAUAAUGGUAUCAUAGAUGAAAAAACAACCGGACUAACCCCAGAAGAAGUAUAUAGGUUGAUACCACCAUCAUCAGAACCACAAAGAUUGGAAGGAGGGACACCUAAAAAUGACGCUUACAAUCGUUUAUUGACUGACUUGUCUAAUAGUGAGGUGGAUGUGUCUCUUCAACAGGAAGAGCAGUAUUUAGAAAAGUUUAUGAGUCUCCUCCAAAUUCGAUAAUUAAUAUUUACAUAUAUUUGCAAUAUACAUACAGGGUUUUGAAUUUACGACUCCACUGCUGCUUACUUCUUGUUCUUACAUAUAAAAAAAUGCAAUCUAAUUUUCAAAGAUACUUUUUAACGAGGACACCCCUUUUGAAAAUUGCAAUACUUAUAUUUAUAAUGAAUUCCACCAAUUAGAAUGUAGAAUUCAUUAUUUUUUCAGUCUACAAUUCACACCUUGUACUUUACUCUUUAUUAACUUUAUUUUAGAAUUUUUUAGUCUACAAUUCAUACCUAUUACCUUUUUCUUUAUUAACUUCAUUUUAGAAUUUCUUCACUCAAAUUCAUAGUUUGUACUUUUUGUUUUAUCAACUUAAUUUUAGAAUUUAUCCAGUCUCCAAUCCAGAAUUUGUACUUUUUCUUUUUUACCUUGGGUUUAAUCUUUUGAAAACUUCUUUGCCUUUGUCAAGACACAUUUCUUCUCUGGCCCUUGCAAGAACUUCCUGUGUACGUAAGCUAGUUUCAAAAUGAAGAAUUUUUAGGUAUACCAAGGUAGCUGAUAUAAGGAUUAUGUUUUACAAGACUGAUUAUCUAAAUCCUUUAUAUUGAUACUGCAAUGAUAUCCUUUUUGAAAAUAUUUAUUAUAUUUUCAGUAAAUAAGUUGAAAAAGCCAGCUAAAGCUGGAAAAUCGAACGAGGAUAAAAAUGAAGCUUACAAUCGUUUGGUAACUGAUAUGAAUCU